UUCAACCAACUAGUCCUUUCUUCAAAAACUUGUUUUCAAUUUGUUUGACAAAAUUAUGGCUAUUCGUUUACCAUUGAUCAAGCAAGCGAAGAAGCAUAUCCUUUGCCGCACACUUUCGAAAUGCAAAAAAGUGUUAGUUAAUAAUAAUAUACCAAAAGGGUAUUUGGCAGUAUAUGUUGGAGAAGAAGAAAAGAAGAGAUUUGUGGUUCCAAUAUCAUAUUUGCAUGAACCUGUUUUUCAGCAAUUUCUUUGUAAAGCUGAGGAAGAAUUUGGAUUUAAUCAUCCAAUGGGUGGCCUCACUAUUCCUUGCAGAGAAGAUGUUUUUGUUACAGUAACUUCUCAACUGGAAACUUAAUCACAAAUAGAUUACAGAAUUUUCUAUCAAGACAUGAUCUUUGCGGCCAUUUCAACUUGAAAUGUUCAACUGAUUGACUAUGCGCGCAGAAUCAAAUAUAUAUAUGACUAGAACUCUAGAAGCCAUUAUGUUUUGAAGCAUGUAGAAAUUAACAUAGGCGAUGUUUUAUAUGAAAUCAUAUCCGGUGUCGCCAAAUUUUACAUAAUGAUUAGAAUUACUCAAGAGAAUUUGAUCUAGAAGCUAGUAUUGACAUGUACAAGAGAUA